ACCUCACCGAACAUCAACUUUUCCAGGUCAACGAAAGGUCGAUAUCCAUCGAUUUUUCAUCAAAGCAAGACUCAAAUGCCUUCUUAAAUCUGUUUUUCAGCGUCCUCUUCCGGCUGCAGGCGCUGUGGCAGGCGCGCUGGCCUCUUUUGUCUUUCAUCUCCCUGGUGAGCUGAGAUGUCUUCAAAAUGGCCCGUGCGCUACUCAGAUUUUCACGUUCGGUCGAAGGCCACAACCACCGCUUAGACAAGGAGACAGCCUUGACACUCCUUGUUCUUGCAAGAUACAGGCAUCUGCCAGGCCUAAAUACAAAGGCUCUCCAUGCGCAGAGCUACGGCACGACCCGACAGAGCACCGGCUCUCCACACCUACAACGACGAGAGCUGCCCGCAGCUCUCUAAAGACCAACGGUCAGAGUCCCCGAUCUGACACAACACGCAAAUAAGGCAGCCAGCAUAGCCUUACAAACAAAUUGGAGACGGCGAAGGACAAGCUCUGGCAUCGCCUUGCCUUCACACCCACCUCUCCUACACCUCGAAGGCCCUGUCCCUGCUUCAUGCAGGGCCAUGACACCUACACGAUAGAGCACUAGCUCUUAACCGCAAACAAGGCAGCCAGCAUGGCCUUACAGAUUCGCAACUUUAAGAGAUAAAGAAGAAGGACAGGCCUGGCUCUGCCUUCCUACUACACCUAUCUCCUUCGACACAGGCAUCGCCAAGCCUAGUACAAAGGCUUUCCUCGCGCAGAGCCACGGCUCCGAUUCGACAGAGCACCGGCUCUCCACACCCACGUACCUUUUUUCUUACUCUCUCUUACGGCACUUAGCUGCCUCAGAACACAAGGGAUCCACCCUAAUGCCCACUGGCCCCAGAACAAGAGCUCUGCUUCAUUGCUCAACACAUCCCUGGCCCCACGGCCCAGAACCUAGAUAGAGUCUUUUCAACUGGCGGAAAUUACCCUACCAGACUGCACACACUGCCAACACCCAAAGAAUAGGAGCACCUGAGUACCAUACAGGGCGCUACCCGUCUUUCAUGCCCCCUGGGAGGCUUUCAUAGGACGUUAAACAAUACAUACAUACAUACAUACACAAUACAACCUCAGUUCAAUCCUCCAA